AGCGCUGAGAAGUUCCGGACUAAGAGAGCGUUUCAAGGGGUUGCAUUAAGGCUCUGUGCUCAGAAACAGAGCAGUUUGCAACCGCAUUGGAUAUAACGAACAGAAGCCUGCUUUACAAUAUCUCUCAUCGGUUUUGGUGACCGUCGCAUAUUUUCUGGAUGUCUGUCACAGAUACUACCUGCGAUUUAACCUACUCAAAAAUGAGAGGACUAGUGACAUUUCUAACUGCCUUCAUUAAGGAAAGGAAAAUGGGCUUAAACGACUUCAUUCAGAAGCUGGUUGCAAACCCACACAUCUGUCAACAUUCGGACGUCCAGGUAUUUAUAAAAACAGAUGAAAACCAAAAUGAAGACGAGGAAUCCUGCAUUCCACGAUCUCUUUGUCUGGGUUCAACAAGAGGUUCUCUAGCUGAAGAAACGCAAGUGAAACCAUCUGACUUCGACUACCUUAAAAUAAUUGGCAAGGGCAGCUUUGGAAAGGUUCUUCUGGCUAAACAUAAAGAGACGUCUAAGUACUAUGCAGUGAAGGUGCUACAAAAGAAAAUCAUACUGAAAAAAAAGAGGUACCAAAAACACAUUAUGGCAGAGCGCAGUGUCUUACUGAAAAACCUAAAGCACCCUUUCUUAGUUGGACUUCACUACUCAUUCCAGACAGCAGAGAAGCUUUACUUUGUCCUGGAUUAUGUCAAUGGAGGAGAGCUGUUUUACCAUCUUCAGCGAGAGAGGGUCUUCCUGGAGCCUCGGGCCCGCUUCUAUGCAGCAGAGAUUGCUAGCGCAUUAGGUUAUCUUCACUCCUUACACAUAGUGUACCGAGACCUGAAGCCUGAAAACAUCCUGCUUGACUCAAGAGGCCACAUUGUGCUAACAGACUUUGGACUGUGCAAAGAAGGUGUUGACCCAAAUGGUACCACCUCCACUUUCUGUGGGACCCCUGAGUACUUGGCUCCUGAAGUUCUCCAGAAGCAGGCUUAUGACCGUACAGUCGACUGGUGGUGUCUGGGCUCUGUGCUUUAUGAGAUGCUGUAUGGACUGCCUCCAUUCUACAGUCGAAACACAGCAGAGAUGUACAACAAUAUUCUUCACAAACCACUUGUGUUAAAGCCCAAUGUUUCCAAUGCUGGACGCUCUCUACUAGAGGGACUGCUGCAGAAAGAUCGCAAACUACGACUUGGGGCCAAGGAUGAUUUUCAAGAACUCAAAUUUCAUGCCUUCUUUUCUCCCAUCCACUGGGAUGACCUCAUGGCAAAAAAAAUCACUCCUCCUUUUGUUCCAGCUGUGAUGGGACCCACUGACCUGAGACAUUUUGACCCCGAGUUCACCCAGCAACCAGUGCCCAGCUCCUUGGGUAACUCUGACAACAUGUUGGCAUCUAACAGUGUCCGGGAAGCAGCUGAAGCCUUUCCAGGGUUCUCCUACAUGCCACCAGCUGAUGACACUUUCUUGUAGACUUCUAGCUUCUUUAGCACUUUGCCUUCCACACCUCCACAGUUUCAAGGUACCCAGAAGCACUGUGAGGAAGAACCUGUGAAAUGGAGAAAACUUGAAGACUCUGGCGUUCAGUAGUUUGCACAUGCGCACUAAAACGCAAAUAUAAGUGGAUCAAAAGAUGUCAGAUUUCAGAUAUCUGGCACCAGAGAAGUUGAUGAGAAAGGAAAAGUGAAGACGCCAAGGCUAACCAACUUUGUAGGUUUCAUCCAAAUUCCACCCUAUUAAGAAUUAUUUAUUUACACCAUUUAUUUUUUUCCAAUGGUGCUCUUAACUUAAGACCUCAACUAAUGGAUACCUGUACCACAAACAUGUUUUAGGUUAAUUCUGCCAAAUUUGACCUCCCCACCCCCAUUUUGAUUUUUGGGGUUGUGUAUUUGGACAGUGUCGGUUCAAUUUUCUGAGGUGCCUCAAUAAGGUUUAUUUGCACGAGGGGGCGAGGGGGGCACAUAGUUAGGUUGCAUAAAAGAAACUUUUUGAAGGUCUGAGGCCUUUUUAAGUGGAACUUGUGCCGAUUGAAUUAAAAUGACACACAAUAUACUGUGACCUUAGCAUACUGUUAUGCAGUGGUCCUCCUGGUGCAUUGGAGAAAGUGAAUUUCUGAAAUGAUACCUCUAAAGAAUAUAAAAUCUGAAAUACUUCUUAUGCUGUCAAAGUCCUCCUCUUUGAAAACAGAGGAAGUGAGUGCUUCUAUCUAUUUUCAUGAGUGAUAGUUUUAGAAUUUAAAUUUUUGGGGAGAAAAAACCAAGAACUUGCCCAGCUUGGUCUUGAUUUUGUCCCAAACUCCUAGGGCUAAAAUUCCAUUCACUUGAAACUGCAGCACCAGUAGGUCACUAGCAUCUAAAUGAAAUCCGAGUUUCUUUUUGACCAUUGGGAACAAGCAUUUAACAACUUGUAGGGGAACAAUGCUUUUUGCAGGUCCUUUAAAGCACAUUUUUAAUGGGUUGGCACAUCUUUAAAAAGGGUGCACACUUGUCACCAUACUUUUUCUAUUAACCCUUAGACUUUGGAAAUAGUCAUUGACCACGUUAUAUAUUAGCAUUAUAAACACUGUUGGCUGCUAUGGACCAAAUCUGUCACUUGUUAGCAAAUAUCACUGCACCAGCAUUAAGGGCAAAAUUUUAAAUUUUCACAUCUGUAAAUAUGUAAACCAUCACUGUUUUGCACUUUUAAGGUAUCUUGUAAAUAGCGUUUAACAUAGACACAAGACUCAGAUGGGUAUCCUCUUUUGUAAAACAUGCAUGUGGAGCCAUGUGAGAAAAAGAUGAUCCUGCUGACUUAUUUUCUUACUUUGUAUAACUUAUUUAGUGCUUCUAUGUGUCUUUUCUUUGGUCUCCUUCACUGUUGGAUUUAGUCCUCCCCACCCCUACCCGCACUGCCUUAAAGUUUGCUUUGAAUGGGGUUUCUUGUGCUGGUGGCUAUAUGGAUAGAACAUUGUGUGGGUGGUUUUGCUUUGUUUCAGUUUACAGAGUAGACAAAAAACAGAUUGUAAAGAACUUGGCUUUGAAAACUAUGGACCAGUAAUUAUUCAAUUUAACUUUUGCAGUCAAAGAAACCUCUCCCAAUAUAAAAACAAAAAAAAGGCAAAACAAAUAUUGCGUUUCCUACCGUACUUUGCCUCCAAAUAAAUCUUUAUGAAACACUUCGAUUGAUCUGUCACUUUCUUGGACACAAGCUAACAGUUUGUAUAGUAAUUUAUUAAAGGUGUUUUUGAGGUUCACUUAAAGAUCUUUGCAAAGUAUUAAAUAUAAGCAGUCUGUGUGUUUGUGGUGUGCAUUUUAGUUUAUGGCCACCAAGUACAACCCACAAAGCAAACAGCAGUCCUUAUAUUGGGUGGGUGGUGGGGGUGCAUAUCUAAUGCUGCUGGGAAAACCUGGAAGAUAGAAAAUCUACUUCAGUUAUUGAAGCAUGCUUAAUUGUAAAAAUGUUGCACAAAAGGUGGUGUAGCUCUGAUUUUUUUCCCCCUCUUGGAUGCAUGCAGAUGGAGUGAGGGGUUCACUGUGUGGCCUGGCUGAAGGAUGAGAUGUAGGUCUCUUAAAACUUUCCACGAGAGUACCAAUGACCUGUAUCAGUUGUCCAAUUUGAAUACUUCCACUAUUAAAGUUUGGGAUGUGUUGCCAUUUCUUCCAUAUUUGGAAGUUUUUGGUUUUUUUAAGUUCUCAAUGUAUUUAUUCACAUAUGCUCAAAUCAUAUGUGCUGCUGAGUGCUUUUUUUAAAAAAAAAAGUGGUUAGAGGAAAUGCCACUAGCAAAAAGGUUGUAUAUGUUGCAUUGAAUGUAAUAAAUUAAGCAAUAAAUUUGUAGUCUUCUGUCA